GAGCAGAAGUGCGCUGGGCGCCGGAGACCGCGCAGCUGACGGAGCCGCGCCGCCCGCGCCUCGCCACGCCGGCCGCCACCCGCGCUGCCCGGGCCGAGCGCUCCCAGCUCCCAGCGUCCGCGCCUUCCGCCCCCGCCGCAGCCAGCAGCCGCUGCCCGAUUCCGGAGCGCACGCUCAGCGCCAGCGAACUCCUCGCCGUCCGCGCCGGCCUCGGCCCCGAGCACCAGGGUAUCAUGGUCUGCCAGACGCUCCUCGCCCUCUGCAUCUUCGCGGCAGGAUUGAGGGUUCAGAGUUUGCCAAUGACAACAUCAACCUUGUUGCCUGUUUCUCUUUCGGCAAAAAUUACUCCACCCACUACCACCUGGACUGGCUCUCCACAGAACUCGGCUGCUGCCACUGGCUUCCCAGCCUCAGGCACUGACAAUGCCUCAGUUGUCCCAAUUACAUCCACAGCUCCAACAUCUAUGUUUUCCAAGGACGUUUCCACCAAGCCUGAAAAAGAAGUGAUCACCAGCCACUCUGCAGCAUGGGAAGGUGCACACACAAAUCCCUCCAUUCCUGGGCUCUUGUCUACCAGCAAUGCUAUUCAUCUGACACCCACACCUGAAGAACACAGCUCAGGAAGUCCUGAGAGUGUGCCAGCUGUAGGGUCUCAGUCCCCACCACUCACCUCCCCACAAGCUCCUGCUUCUUCACCCUCAUACCUAUCGGCCUCCAUGCCUGCGGUUCCUUCUGCCUCCAUCACCCCCAACCUGAGCACUUCUGUGAGCAUUCCAACUACAGCAGCUCCAAUGUCACCUGAAUUCCCAACAGAGGACCACAGCUCUGGUCACAUACCCACUUCCCAUGUCACAGACCAGCCAGGGACCAAGGAGAAAACACCUCAAAAUUCUGAGUCAGGCAAAGUGAUGUGUGGAUCCGAGACUACCACUCCCUUCCUGAUCAUGCAGGACGUGGAACAUGCAUUAAGUUCAGGCAGCAUUGCCGCCAUUACGGUGACAGUCAUUGCUGUGGUGUUGUUGGUAUUUGGAGUUGCAGCCUAUCUGAAGAUCAGGCAUUCCUCCUAUGGAAGGCUUUUGGAUGACCAUGACUACGGGUCCUGGGGAAACUACAACAACCCUCUGUAUGAUGACUCCUAACGAAGAAAGGUGGCCUGUGAUGAGGAAUAACUGUCCUUUAUUUAUAAGUGCUUAUUCAGUAGAAUUAAUAACAAGUACCUGAUGCGCAUUGAA